AUGAGUGCUGUAGAUGAAAACAAAAGUAACAACUUGUACUUCCUAACGUUCAGUAAGAACAAAGUGACCAUAUACGAGUACGACGUUAGUUUGAGUAGUUGCAUAAUUGAAGAUAUUGAAAAUGAAAUAAAAAAAAGUGAACAGAAUGUAGUAAACGAUACAGAAAAUGGUAAGCAUGCUAGCGUGUAUAAACACGUCAACAAUGAGAACAACAAACGGGAAUGCACUUCUGAGAAGGACGUGAAUCGAAAUAUAAUUGAACCCAAUGCACAAGUAAAAAAAUCGGGAAACAAAUUUAACAAUGAUUUUUUACUUAAUAGAGGUAUUAGAAUCUACAAAGAAUUUGAGGAUGUCGAACUAAUCACAUGCACAAAUGAUUAUAAAAAAAUUAUUAUUGUCAGAAAGGAAAACUUAAACGUGGCACAAGUAAUAGAUAUAAAAAAUAAACAGAAGAGAAACGAUAUUUAUAUUAGAACCAAGACACCGAUUAAGGGAAUUACAACAAGCCCAAAAGACACUCACAUUGUCCUGUACUGCCAAUACAAGCCAGAGAUAAGUGCCCACAAUUUAUUCGUUUAUAGGUUGUCAAAUAAGGGUGUAAAAAAGAAGGAAAAAAAGAGUGACAGUGUCAGUGUCAGCGCCAGUGCCAGAAGUAGAGGAAAGAGGAGUGCACCUCAUGCUGCGGAUCGGAAUGAGAAUAUUGUAAUUGAGAAACAAAACUCUGACACUGACACUGAUGCUGCUUCUUCUGCUUCUGUUGACGGGGACACUCGUGCAGAUAUGAGGCGUAGUUGUGAGACAAACCACAUUGACGAACCCGUACGCGUAGACACAUUAAAAACGUAUAGCAGUAACACAUGGCCAUUCUACAAGUGGAGUGCGAGUGAAUCCAUUUGUGCUAUUAGAAUAAAUAACAAGAUUUGUAUAUAUAAAGAAAACGAUUUUUCUUCGUAUGUACAACAGCUACGUUUAGAAAAUUUGGAAUUUUUCGACAUUUCACCUGAACAGAGUAAGAAAAAAGGAGUUUUAAUUGCGACAUACGAAAGAGGAGGAAAAGGAAAACCAUCUGUUUUUAAGAUUUUCAACUUAUCGAAUCUAGAGAAAUAUAUUUAUUCAAAAACAUUUUUCAAUUCAGAUGAAAUGAAAAUAAAAUGGAAUAAAAAUGCAAGUGCUUUAUUGUUAAAUGUACAUACACAAGUAGACAAAGAAAAACAGUAUUACUAUGGAUUAAGUAAUUUAUUUUUUAUUGAUACAGAAAAGUUGAAUGAAGUAAAUAUAAUGACUGAUAGAGGGCAAAUAUAUGAUUCCAUAUGGUCAUAUAAUCAAAAUAAAUUUUAUGUAUGCAAAGGUGAUAUACCAGCCGAAAUUGUAGUCUAUGAUAAGCAUGCAAAUGUUACACAUUCCUUUGGAAGACAUAAAUUUAAUACCCUUAAAUUAAAUUGUUCAGAAAAAUUGUUACUUACUGCUGGGUUUGGAAAUUUAAGUGGAGAUAUUUCUAUAUGGAAUACAACUACAAAAAAGGAAAUUACAAAAACAAAAUCGUCAUGUGCUGUAAUUUGUGAAUUUUUUAAUGAUGGAAAACAUUUUAUUACAGCUACAACACACCCCAGACUUCGUGUUGAUAAUAAUUUAAAAAUUUUCACGUAUGAUGGAUUUAUAGUUAGUAGAAUAAACUUUGAAGAAUUGUAUAAGGUCAUAAUUCUACCCAUUAACAAAAUAAAAUAUCAAGAAUCCGAUGCUUCUUUAGGUGUUCAUAUGGAAAAUUCGAAUAAACAAUUUUAUAUUCAUAAACAGCUAGGCAUCGAUUCGAAGAAAAUUGGAAUUUAUCGAGCACCCGGUACGUCAGGUGCACUAAGCAUUACGUUAAAUGGAUUCAUGAAUUCGAAGAAGCCAGCUCAGAAGUCUAGUAAACCACCCGGAUCCAAUUUUGUUCAGGAUCAAAAGAAGAAGACAUCUCAAAAAAAAAAAAAAAAAAAAAAAAACAUAAAAAAUGAGGAGGAGGAGGAAGUUGCAGAUGGACAUGACGUCGAAGAGGAUACCUAG